GGUAAGAAUAGGUAGGUCAUUUCAUUAUAAACGUUCGGAUAAUCUAAACGGCCACCCCCGUAACUAAUAUUGAUGCCGUCCAACCCCGGCGUUCAACCUGCCUUCAACAAACGCAUCCUUUCCCUCCUGGACAAAUGCGCCAAUCUCAGCCAUCUCAAGCAACUCCAAGCCUUCGUCAUCGCCAGCGGCCAUGGCCAGACUCAAUUCUACUGCUUCAAGCUCGUCCGCUUCUGCGCCCUCGUCCUCGCCGACCUCCACUACGCCCGUCUCAUCUUCGACAACCUCCGCGUCCCCAAUGUCUACCUUUACACCGCUCUGCUCACCGCCUACUCCUCCCACUCCGACUCCGCCUCCGCCCUCCACCUCUUCAACCUCAUGCUCCGCCGCCGCCGCUCUCGCCCCAACGAAUUUAUCUACCCUCAUGUCUUGAAAGCUUGCUCGGAUUCCUCUAGUCUUGGUUUGGUUAGAUCGGUGCAUUCACGUAUUCUGAAAACCGGCUUUGAUGGUUACGCCGUGGUACAGACCUCUGUCCUAGAUGCGUACUCUAGAUUCUCAGAUCUUGGCACUGCAAGACUGCUGUUUGAUGAAUUGCCUGAAAGAAAUGUGGUUUCUUGGACCGCUUUGAUUUCCGGGUACGCGCGGGUCGGGAAGAUCGGCAAUGCCAUUGCGUUAUUCGAGGAGAUGCCCGAGAGAGAUGUGCCAUCGUGGAAUGCGGUGAUAGCCGGAUGCACCCAGAACGGGUCUUUCUCUGAGGCGUUCUCGCUGUUCGGGAGAAUGGUUUUGGAGGGGGCCCGGCCGAAUCAGACAACUGUGUCGUGCGUGCUCUCAGCUUGUGGUCACCUUGGCAUGCUUCGGCUUGGGAAAUGGGUGCAUGGGUAUAUCUUCAAGAGCCAUAUUGGUCAUAGUUCCUUUGUCUCAAAUGCACUGAUUGAUAUGUAUGGGAAAUGUGGGAGCUUGAAGGAAGCGAGGUGGAUCUUCAGUAUGUUGACUGACAAAAGCUUAACAGCAUGGAAUUCUAUGAUCAAUUGUCUGGCACUUCACGGGCAUAGUGAGAGUGCAAUUGCGACAUUUAAGGAGAUGGAGCUUGAGGUCAUCAAGCCCGAUGAGGUCACAUUUGUGGGGCUUUUGAAUGCUUGUACUCAUGGAGGAUUGGUCGAUGAAGGAAUCACUUAUUUCAACUCCAUGAGCCAGGACUACCAGAUCGAACACCAGAUUGAGCAUUAUGGGUGUAUCAUUGACCUUCUUUGUAGGGCUGGAAGAUUUGAAGAUGCAAUGGAGAUUUUGAGGGGUAUGAGAAUCGAGCCUGAUGAAGUUGUGUGGGGGUCCUUGCUUAAUGGCUGUAGGAUUUAUGGGAAUACAGAGUUAGCAGAAUUGGCAGUUAGGAAGCUGCUGGAGAUAGACCCAAAUAAUGUUGACUAUGGUGUUAUGUUGGCAAACUUAUACAGUGAACGUGGUAAAUGGGGAGAGGUGGGGAACGUCAGGAAGAUGUUGAAGGAGUGGGGAGGGAAGAAGUUGCCUGGAUGCAGUUGGAUUGAGGUGGAUAGCAAAGUUCACCGGUUUUAUUCUGGUGAUAAGUUCCAUCCCGAAGCCGAGGAGAUUUAUAAGGUCCUAGAAGUGCUGCUUGGAUUGAUGGAAGCAUGAGAUGUGAAAAUUUUGGGUCAAUAUGUUUAUGGUCCAGUGCAUAAGAUCAAGACCUUGUAGAACCAGAUUUAACUGCUUGGUAUCAUCUCAAGUUAAAUUUAUUGACCUCUAUCUUUAGUUGCCUUACAGGUAUCUUCUCGAUGGGUUGUUCACCAACUUCUGUUAAUUGAGUGCUGAACACUCCCUCACAUCAUCAGAUAUGAGAACAAUCCAGCAAUGAGAUUAGUUUGCUUUUUAACAUGCAAUUUUUUUUCCUGGACUAGCUAAGGCUGUCAACAUCUUGAAAGUCAUAGGUAUAAAAUAUGCCAAACAAAUAAUUAAAUGUGCAAUAUUGUUCACCUAUUUAUCAGCUCCAUUUUACCUCAUACUCAAUCCUUUGAUCUGUCAUCUAGUGGGCAAAUCAGAAUCAGUUUAUACCUCAUAUUCAAUCCUUUGAUCUGUCAUCUAGUGGGCAAAUCAGAAUCAGUUUAUUCCCUCAUACUCAAUCCUUUGAUCUGUCAUCUAGUGGGCAAAUCAGAAUCAGUUUAUACCUCAUACUCAAUCCUUUGAUCUGUCAUCUAGUGGGCAAAUCAGAAUCAGUUUAUUCCCUAGGUAAGCUUGGUUAGAAGGUUUCCUGAUACAGCUAAAAUAGUAUAGCUACCAGUAAACCAAUGACAUGAGAGUGAUAAAACUACUGUUCUAUAGCUGUCUUCUGUAGCUGCCUCAUACUUGUUAAUGGCAUCAGAGUGAAUAUAUAUGUACAUGCACGCAUAAGGACAUGCAUAAAAUCAUACUUGCAUAUAGAAUGUAUCUACAUACUAUUUUUUGUGUUGUCUGCAAGGACAAGAUUGGAUUGCCAAUUUUCAUGCUUUAGUUUUAAAGAAGAAACAAGUGCUUCCAAGCAGGCACUUCAUUACGUUGCUAGGUUCUAUUUCCUGCAGAAGGAAAUUUCAGGAACUGCAUUGCAGACUGGUGCUUUCUGCAUGAAUAUAGCACUGUGAAUGCUUCAGAAGUUUUGAUAUUAUUUAUAAAGAAUUUGAAUGAAUGAGCAUAAUGGAGUCUUAUUUUCUCAUCUAGAGGAACGUAAUGGCUAAUUCAUUUGCAGCCUGUUCUGAUGCUUGGAACCCUUUGAAAAUCCUGUUACAUCUAAUUUAAAUAUUUGGUUACUAUCAUUAAUGACCUGCCACACAUGAUGUAAGUUCAUAUAUGAAAAUCAUAAAUAUUUUUUUUCAAAUGUGUCAGAAUAAAAUACUAUACUACCUUCAUGCUUGUUAACAUCUGAGAUUGACUUGGAGAAGGCGAGCGAUAAAUUAGAUUACUGAGCUCAUACUAAUCUGUAGUGUCUUGCUGUCAAAUUCCAAUAUGCCAAAUUGUAGCAAUUUGAUGUUUUAAUCCUGUAGCUUUGCAGUGGAUGAAUUAGAUGAAUUUUGUUUAAAUGUAACUUUAUCUAUUUCCCAUACUAAGAAAAGGUCUUGUUGUCAUAAUGCUUAAUUUGCAAUUUUUAUGUGCUUAUGCAAUUUUUUCGGAACCCAGCUUCUCUAUAUUCAUAUAAGGGCAAAGAAAUUGAAUAUCAAGUUGACCCUUGAGUGUAUGUUGAUGCAGCAUCUUUUACUUUCAUGAGAAAAAUGUGGAUUUGUUGUUAAAACAAGUGAUUUUAGAACCUUUGCUAGGUUUAGGUUUUAUUUGGUCAUGAAGUAUGUGCAGAGUGUAAACAAUAAAUGAACCAGCUACGGUUGUUUUUCCUGAAAGGACAUGAACCAAUUUGUUCUUAGAUGUCAACUGAACUAGAGCAAUGGAGUGGUUUCAUUCCGUUGCAUGUCUUGUACUAUGAAUCAAACGACUUCUCUGAAAGUAAUCAUCUACAUGGGAGCUGCAGGAUUAGUCUACAUCACAUAUUGUGGUUUUCAUAAGAUCAAAGUCUUUGGCCAGGAGAGAUAUCUACUUGUUCUUUCCAGCUUGCCACAUGGCAUACUUUGAAAGCACUCGUGUCAUAACUUCAGUAGUAGCUCUCAAACACCAUAUCUGGUUGGCAAAUUACAAAGUGUACCAUAUUCUUUCACUGUUGUGCACUUUAUUUUUAAUGCUUUCCUUCUGAUCCGUUCUUCACAAUAAUAGUUGCAGAAGCAGUUGAAAUAAGUGCUGGAAUAACUAACGUCAGAAAUCCUGUAUGUAUGCUAGAGCUAUAACAAAGUAGACCUAAAUAUGCAAUGUUAACUUAUGUUUUCUUGUAGGGCACCAGAGUCUGAUAAGCACAUCUGGAUCUGAGAUUGGGAAAGGUGACAAAGGCCUUUUGAGUUUCUGUGGAAAUUAAAAGACUAAAAUUUGCACACCAGGUGAUUUAUUUAUCUGCUAAUAUGUUUUUUGAGAACUUAUCUGCUAAUAUUAAGUGCCUUCUUGAAGUGUUAUGGGCCUUCUACCUUCUUUUGCUUGCAAUCUUCACAUUAUAGUCCUGUGGUGUACAAACAAGACAGAGGAACUGAUGUGAACACCUCUAGAUCUGUUAAUCAUCGAAAUCAUCCUCUAGAAAUCAUCAGCUUUUAGAUUUUUCUGCUUUACUAUUGAAUAUCUUUGUUAAGUAUGUCAAGCAAGGUAUAUGCAAUGAAUCCUGAGACCUUUAAUCCGAUGAAUUUUUGUCUGUGUGCAAAUCCAAAAGUAUUAUGAGUAACCACUGUGCUUGGCAACAAACCAGACAAGCUCCAGGGUAAAUCUAAUCGCAAGUAACCGUGGUGAACACCUGCAGCAAUUCAAGACAAUAUUAAGAGUUUUAGUGCUGGGCCCACAAACCAGACAAUCCUUGCCAUCUUUUAACAUUUCUGGUCGAAAUUUUAGAGAUUGAUCAGUUCAUAGUGUUCAAAAGGCUGAUGCAGCUGAAUAUCUGUUGCUGGUUUUGGAACGGUCACAGUUCAUAGUGUUCAAGAUACUACUUGUAAACAACACCAUCCUAUUAGGGCUCGUUCAGGUCGCAGGAAAAAGAGGGAAAGUGAGGUCAAUUAAAAAGUAGAGAGAAAUAUCUCAUGUUUGGUUUGAGUUUUCAGAAGAGAGUGAUGGAAAAGUAAUUUUCUUAUGAAAAUGUAUUUUGUAUAUUUUAUGCCUGUUUGGGUGCCUAGGAUUUACAACAUUAGGAUAAAAUUCAUGAUAUGAUAUAAUUUUUAAAUUA